AUGCUCAACUGGGUAAUUCUCUUGUGGGGAAUUGUGAAUACUUUUACCGAGCACCACGGUGGGCCAUGGACGCACAAGGAUUUGCAGCACACACUCAUGGGCGUCUUGUGGUGGGCUGGCGGUAUGGUCGGCGUCUGGCUGAGCCGCAAGGGCCAAAGAAGCGUGUUUCCUGCAAUUAUCAUCGCAAUUACGGGGUGGGCUAUGAGUGGACAUGCGCAGGCGCUUAUGCUGUCGACCAUGGUCCAUGGCCAGUUUGGAUACGCACUGAUGGCCGCGGGUUUGUGCCGCCUCAUCGAGAUUUGCUUCGUGCUCCAGGAUCGGCCGACGGGAGAAGCUUCGCACGAGGCGAGCCCUGGCGCCUGGUUCCAUAUUCACGCUUUCCAAUACUUGUACGUGCAGUGUUGA